AUGUCCUCAUCAGUCCCUUAUGAUCCAUAUGUACCACCUGAACAAAAUCAUGAUGUUCCUGAAUCACAAUCUAAAGCUGCAGCAUUAAAGGCAGAAAUUGAUGAUACGGUGGGUAUAAUGAGAGAUAAUAUUAAUAAAGUAGCAGAACGUGGAGAAAGAUUAACUUCGAUAGAGGAUAAAGCUGAUAAUUUAGCUGUAUCUGCUCAAGGUUUUAAAAGAGGUGCUAACAGAGUUAGAAAACAAAUGUGGUGGAAAGAUUUGAAAAUGAGGAUGUGUUUGGUAUUGGUCAUUAUCAUCUUAUUAGUCGUCAUCAUUGUGCCUAUCGUGGUCCAUUUCAGUUAG